UAAUUUUUCUAUUAAAAAAUGUAUUGAUAUUCUAACACUUUCAAUACAAAUACCUUUGAUUUCUGAACUUACUUCUAAAAUAAAACUAGCUAUUUUAGCUACAAGUAAUUUUAUUAACAAUACUAUAAAUACUGCUAUAAAUACUACUAAAGAUAUUGUUACAAAAGCUUUAG